AGUAGUAAGUACUGACCGAUAGGCGCGUUAGUCAGCGGGUACCCUCCCGAAAUUGACAUUUACUUGCGGCGGGUCGCGCUCGCGGGUACCACCACACGAUGGAUCUCUUCUCGCCGUUGUUUCUCGGGAUUUUCGCGUUUUUUUUCGAAUCUUCGCGGGGCGAAAAGAUCGACUUGUUCCCGGACUUACCCCUCGGGGUUAUCGGGGGCGAGAAUGUGCUCUGCAGGGAACAAAGUCGGAUUUACAUGGAGGCGUUGGGAAACUUGAGCUUGUGGGCCUAUGAAAUGAGAGACGGCACCUCCAAAUCGGUCCAAGGCAUUCUCAGAGGUAGCAUAGCCCAGUUCGGACAUUUCGAGGAGUGUCUCAGUGCUCAAGCUCCAUUUCCCACCCAAUACUGCGUUACGAACUUGGUGGCUGACGUACCUACACCCAGCAACCCUAGGGAUCCGAAGUUGCUCAGUUAUUUCACCAACGAGAGUGUUAUUAGUAAAAUAUAUGACAAAAACGACCCAUCUCAGCAACCGGAAAACGUGGUUCAGCUGGGCUGGUGCGUGCCCGCCUCCUGUAAACCGACCGACCUGGAAAACCACCUGAACCAGUACCUAGCGACCGCCGAAUCGGCGCUACGUAGCAAAAAUAUCAACUAUACAGCUUACGUGCCAGCCGACCAAUGCCAGGUUUCGAUGAACGACAGAAGAUGGGACCAUUUGGACAUAUCGUUCUUGCUAGUGUCUGGUAUCAUCGUCAUGUUGGUGAUCGCCUCGACCAUAUGCGAUUCCACGUGGACCAACGAGGAAAAACUGUUCGGAGGUUCCCCAUUAAGAAACCUCUUGAUCUCCUUCUCCAUUAAGAAAAACUACCCGAAACUGGCGCGUACAGAGGAUUCGAACCCCGCCCUGAGAGUCCUCUACGGGAUGCGGGUCUUUUGCAUCUGCAUGAUCAUCACCGAUCACCGUUUCGGCACCUUCUUGAGCAACGCCAUCUUGAACUUUAACACCGUUGAAGAGCAGUACCGGUCGUUCUUCGGCACGUUGUUCUUCCACGGGGACCUCUUCGUCGACUCCUUUUUCAUCCUGAGCGGACUGCUGGUCACUUACUGUCUCCUGGUGCAGUUCGAGAAGAAGUUCUUGAAUCCCGCCUUCAUAAUUCUCAUGAGAUACAUCAGGAUCACACCGUUGUACGCCUUCGUGAUCUUCUUCUGCUCCACCAUGUUCGAGUACAUCGGACACGGACCCAUGUGGAAAAAGAUCAUUUCUCCAGAGGUGCGGGACUGCCGGAGGAACUGGUGGACCAAUUUACUGUACGUCAGCAACUAUGUUAACCCGGAACAUAUGUGUAUGGUUCACAGCUGGUACCUCUCUUGUGACUUUCAUUACUUCGUAACCGCUCUGUUCCUGUCCAUUUUGCUACAGAGAAUGAAGAAAACUGGCCUCGUAGUGCUCGGGAUAGUCUUCGUCGUCUCCAUCCUGGUUCCGUUUGUUAUAGUCUUUAUUAAUCAGCGGCCAGCGGUGCUCUUUUUCUAUCUGGACUUCAUAAGGAGCCCUAAGAGCCAUCCGGACUUUUUGCUUACUUACAUCAAGUCACAUGCCAGAAGUACUCCGUAUAUUGUGGGUAUGUUUGCUGGAUACAUGUUCUUCAGGUUGAGGCAGCAGAAGGCUAACGUAAGCUGGUUUCUCUCGUACCUGAUCUUCACGGUCUCCAUAACCCUCAUGGUGGUCUCCAUAGUAUCCGGUGCGAUCUUCUACGAUCCCUACUACGAAUAUAACACUCUGGACGCGGCUGCGUACUCCUCCUUGCACCGAACCGUUUGGUCCAUAGGUAGUAUCGGGGUGCUGUACGUGGCGAGCUAUGGAAAAAUCGGAUGGGUGUACGCCUUCUUGUCUUGGAGGCCCUGGAUCCCGUUGAGUAAAUUGGUUUAUGGGGCUUAUCUGGUGCAUUUCCAGAUCCAGCUUAGGGGGGCUGCCAAGAAGGCUUCCGCUGACGUCACUUCUUAUUUUGAUAUCAUUUGUUACGCCAUCUCCGAUAUUGUGCUGUCGUUUGGGUUGGCUUUGGUGCUGUAUUUGGCGGUGGAGGCUCCUAUUAGGAAUGUGUUCUCGCUCCUUUUCUUUCCGCCCAAGGGGGACAAGAAGAAGGAAGCUAUUGCCAAUAAUAACAACAAUAAUAAUGAAGGGGAGACUGUCAGCGAAACUACCUGUGAUAGCCAUUUGUAGGAUGUAGGAAUAAGUUAGGUUAAGGUCUUUGAACAUUGAAAGGAUAGAAUUGCAUUGCCGUGGAGCUAAAUGCCAAAUGCUUAUGUAGAAAUGGCAAAAAAACACAUUUUCGUAGAAUGGCCUUUUAUUCGGUUAAACAAAUAUAUAAAUUAUAACUCAUAACUUAUAAAUACAUAAAUUAAUACGUCUUGCCUUAAUCGAGUCAUGCCAACCUAACAAAAUGUAAUAACUGUCAACACAUGUGACGUUAUAACUAACGGCGCGAAAUUCGAAUUUUAAAAUUAAAUACUACACAUUAUAAUAUCUUUAAUAUCAAUAAGUGUGAUAUAUAGCUCGAAAAUUGCCUUUUUGAAAAUGGGUGUAAACUUGACAACAGAGCAUCGAUGACUAAGUUUGUAAACAAAACACCCUCAAAACAAAGUUGUUGUUUACUAAUUCUAGCCUUUCAAUGGUCUAAUGUUAAGGUACAUUAAAUUAUUGUAUAUAAUAGGAGCUCUCUUGACUUGAAUAUAUGUAGUUGAUUCAAAAAAAUAAUAACAUUAUCUAUGCCUAGACUAGUCAUUAUCUAAUGAUUGCUUCUUAUGUAAAUAUUAGGUGCUUAAAUAAACAAUAUAUAUGGAUAAGAUAAGUAAUUAUCAUGUAUAAUAUAGUUGUAAGGUAUUAUUGUUAAGUUAAUCCUGAUUAAAUAUAUAUUUCUUAAUAUAAAAA